AUGAAACACAUACUCAAUUUUGUUCACCGAACCGUUAGUACCGCGGUUAAAAACUACAGCAGAUUUGUUUCAGUAUUAGAAACAAAAAAUCGCUUCCACUUAUCAUUGUCUUAUUGUUGUAUUCGCAAAUAUUCGUGGGGAUUCAAUAAAAACAAGUCUUUGAAAGCGGCGAAGUCCAGACACUUAGCAAUGACAGACCCAGCCAUAGAAGCCCAGCUUGCUCCAUUGAGGCAGGCGGUAAAGGAACAGGGGGAUAUUGUGAAGCAGCUGAAAGCUAAUGGAGCUGUUGACAUUGACAUUCAGAGGGCUGUCUCUGAACUCAAGCAUAGAAAGAAAGCUUUGGAAGAUAAGGCUCCUAAGGAUAAUUUUGAUCGAUUAAGGAUGGAGGAUCUGCUCAAGCAACGAUUUUUCUUUGACCAAUCAUUUGCCAUUUAUGGUGGUGUCAAUGGCCUGUAUGACUUUGGCCCCAUGGGAUGUGCAAUGAAAGCCAACCUUCUGCAAGCUUGGAGAAAACACUUUAUCUUGGAAGAACAGAUGCUGGAAGUUGAUACAGCCAUGCUGACCCCUGAACCAGUGCUCAGGGCCUCAGGCCAUGUUGAGAGGUUUCAAGAUUACAUGGUGAAAGAUUUGAAGACCGGAGAAUGUUUCCGGGCAGAUCACUUGAUUGAAGCGACAUUUGAAAAAUUGCUAGACGACAAAAAGACACCAGAAGAAUUAAAAGAAAAAAUACGGAAGUUGUUACCAACGAUUGAUGGUAUGAGCAAAGAUGACAUGGGCAGAACUCUCAGAGAGUUUAACAUGAAGUCCCCAAUAACUGGUAAUGACCUCACAGAUCCUAUUGAAUUCAACUUAAUGUUUGCCACUUCAAUUGGACCCACUGGUCAGAUCAAAGGGUAUCUUCGACCAGAGACUGCACAAGGUAUUUUUGUAAACUUCAAACGUCUGCUUGAGUUUAACCAAGGAAAAUUGCCGUUUGCUGCAGCUCAAAUUGGCAACUCUUUCAGAAAUGAAAUUUCACCCCGUUCUGGUCUUAUUCGAGUCAGAGAGUUUACCAUGGCUGAAAUAGAGCAUUUCUGUGACCCUUCAGACAAAGACCACCCAAGAUUUGCCAAUGUGGCUGAUUUAGUGCUGACUUUUUACUCUGGCUGUAAUCAGAUGGAUGGUAAACCACCAGAGAAGAGAACUAUAGGAGAGGCAGUGAAGAGUAAACUGGUAGCCAAUGAAACACUCGGCUAUUUCAUGGCCAGAAUUCAACUGUUUAUGGUCAAAGUGGGUGUGGAUCCAGACCGCCUGAGGUUUCGUCAGCACUUGUCCAACGAAAUGGCUCACUAUGCUUGUGAUUGUUGGGAUGCGGAGUGUAAAACCUCAUACGGCUGGGUGGAAUGUGUUGGCUGUGCGGACAGAUCCUGCUAUGACCUGACUCAACAUGCAAAAGCUACAAAUGUGAAGUUGGUAGCAGAAAGACCCCUGCCAGCUCCGAUAUCCUUUAUUGGCAUACAAUGUAUUUUGUCCUUAACUGUGAAUCACAAAACAGUUGACGUGAUAGAAUGUCUGCCCCAGAAGGGGGCUUUGGGCAAAGCUUUCAAGCAGAAUGCCAAGGUCAUUGUUGACCACUUGACCAACUUGGCAGCUGAAGAAGUGGCUGCUGUAGAACAGGCCAUUACUGACAAAGGAUCUGCUGAUGUACAGGUGAAUGGUACAAACUUCUCAAUAACAAAAGACAUGGUACAGGUGAAGAGAUACCAGAAGACCCUGCAUGUGGAGGAAUUUGUACCAUCAGUUAUUGAACCUUCCUUUGGUGUUGGCCGCAUCAUGUAUGCAAUCUUUGAACACAACUUUAAGACCAGAGAGGGAGAUGAGCAAAGAACAUACUUGUCCCUGCCUGCAGUAAUUGCACCAUACAAGUGCUCAGUUUUGCCGCUCAGCCAGAAUGCUGAUUUCAUGCCUCUUGUACAAAAGCUUUCUACUGCUCUGACUGGUCGAGACAUCUCUCAUAAAGUAGACAACAGUAGCGGGUCCAUAGGUCGCAGAUAUGCACGGACUGACCAGAUUGCCAUUCCCUAUGGCAUCACAGUGGACUUUGACAGUCUGAAGGAACCUCACACAGCAACACUUCGAGAGAGGGAGACUAUGAAGCAGAUUAGAGCCUCUGUGACAGAAUUGCCAGACAUUGUGAAGGACUUGGCGGAUGGCCGCAGAACUUGGGAGGAUGUACUAAAUAACUAUCCUCUAUUUGAACAACAGGAAGCAACCAAAUAA